CGCGCGCUCUCGCGUUCUGUGGCUCUCCAGCGCUCAGUACAGAGUCUCGCGCUCUCCUCAGCGGCUGAGAAAAUAGUCAGAAAAAGAAAAACGGCAGCCGAGCUCUCUCUCUCUCUCUCUCUCUCUCUCUCUCUCUCUCUCUCUCCCUCUCUCUCCCUCUCUCUCUCUCCUCCCCUCUCUCUUUCCACUUUCCUCAUCUCUCCGUCUCGGCUCGCUUCGCUUCCGUCGACUCGAGCGAACAAACUGGAGUAGGUAGCUCGCGCGUGUGUCUGCCUUCCUUGUGCGCGACCGUUAUUUUUUGUGUGUUUGGACUAAGAGAGCAGAGCUGCUCGUGGCUGGAGUGAGGAAAGAGGACACACUCCUCUGGAUUUCCCGCCGAUUUGAUUUCCUGGCGCUUGGUCAUCGUGGUUCUCCUGCUUUCUGUCCGGAUCUGUUAUGUGACCAAGAGCAUCGGGAAAGGGAAAUUCGGAGGAGGAGUUGUAUUCUUUCGUUCCUCUGGUCAGGGCAGCUCAGCCAUCCUGUCGUCCUUAAACUGUUGUUCUCUAUAAUAAUCGCACCCUGCUGAGGCAGGUGUAGUGUGUCUGUGUGUGAGAGAGAGAAUUGAAUGUCACCAUGAAACCCACUUGACCUGCUCAGAGGAGUCUUCGCUGGUUCUCCUGAGAUGUAAACUGACUGCAGAAUGAACCUUUGGAGAAGGUCUCAGGGGAGAACAUGUUCCACUGACUUUCAAAUCUACAACCUCAAGGUCAGGGGUCAGAGACAUGGCUCUGGAGCUCCACAGCAGAACUAGAUGUUUAGCUCCUCAGUUGUUGGGAUCAUUUCUGAGCUUUGAAAGGUUGUGAUUGGUCUGUGAGACUCCAGCUCUCUGAGUGUGUGUGUGGGUUUGUGCUGCAGCAUGUCGCCCCAAACGAUGCCACACACACCACCAACCCUGUUACUGCUGACCACACUGCUGCUGCUCACACACGCAGAGAUUCCACCAAAGUUUUUAAGGACACCCAAUGACCAGACGGGCGUGCAGGGCGGCGUUGCCUCCUUUAUCUGCCAGGCCACAGGUGACCCACGACCCAAGAUUGUGUGGAACAAGAAGGGGAAGAGAGUGAGCAACCAGAGAUUUGAGGUAGUGAUAGAGUUUGACGACGGCUCUGGAUCUGUCCUGAGAAUCCAGCCUUUGCGAACUCCACGGGACGAAGCCAUUUAUGAAUGUGUGGCCUCCAACACUGUUGGAGAGAUUAGUGCCACUACACGCCUCACUGUUUUACGUGAGGACCAGUUGCCCCCUGGUUUUCCCACUAUAGACAUGGGUCCCCAGCUGAAGGUAGUAGAGCGAACUCGUACAGCCACCAUGCUGUGUGCAGCCAGCGGCAACCCGGACCCGGACAUCUCCUGGUUCAAAGACUUCCUCCCCGUUAACACCAGCAACAACAACGGACGAAUCAAACAGCUCCGAUCAGAGUCCUUUGGUGGUACGCCAAUAAGAGGAGCGCUGCAGAUCGAACAGAGCGAAGAGUCAGACCAGGGGAAGUACGAAUGCGUCGCAACGAAUAACGACGGCACCCGCUACUCAGCUCCGGCUAACCUUUAUGUACGAGAGCUGCGAGAAGUUCGUCGGGUUCCCCCACGUUUCUCCAUCCCACCCACGGAUAGCGAGAUAAUGCCAGGGGGCAGUGUGAACAUCACCUGCGUGGCCGUGGGGUCACCCAUGCCCUACGUUAAGUGGAUGCUGGGGUCGGAGGACCUGACCCCGGAGGACGACAUGCCAAUCGGCCGAAACGUGCUGGAGCUGACUGAUGUCCGCCAGUCGGCCAACUACACGUGUGUUGCCAUGUCAACACUGGGUGUCAUCGAAGCGGUGGCACAGAUUACAGUCAAAGCGCUACCGAAGCCACCAGGAAUUCCCGUGGUCACAGAACGCACAGCAACAAGCAUCACCCUCACAUGGGAUUCUGGGAAUCCGGAGCCAGUUUCAUAUUACAUCAUCCAGCAUAAGUCAAAAUACUCAGAAGACUCUUAUAAAGAAAUUGACGGUGUAGCUACUACGCGCUACAGUGUCGGUGGUUUGAGUCCAUACUCUGAUUAUGAAUUCCGUGUGGUUGCAGUGAACAAUAUCGGCCGUGGGCCUGCUAGCGAAGCUAUUGAAGCUAAAACGGCUGAACAGGCCCCUAGCACUGCCCCUCGACAGGUCAGAGGUCGGAUGCUAAGCGCUACGACAGCUAUCAUCCACUGGGAAGAACCUGAAGAAGCUAAUGGACAGAUAAUGGGCUAUAGGGUCUAUUACACGAUGGAUCCCAACCAGCACGUCAACCAGUGGGAAAAACAGAUUGUUCGGAAUGCUAACUUCCUCACCAUCCAAGGACUGACCCCUAAUAAAACAUACUACAUCAAGGUUUUGGCCUAUACCUCUGUAGGAGAUGGACCUCUGUCAGCAGACCUGCAGAUUAUAGCCAAGACUGGAGUCCCAUCCCAACCAACGGACUUUAAAGCUGAAGCCAAAUCUGAGACCAGCAUCUUGCUGUCAUGGGUUGCUCCUCCGCAGAGUGGGCCGGACAAUCAAAUCACCGGAUAUGAACUGCUUUACAAGAGGAAAGAUGAGAAGGAGGAGAAACGUGUUAGCUUUGAGUCCACCACCACCUACCUUCUGAAAGACCUGAGGCCCUUCACCACCUACACCUUCCAGCUGGCUGCCCGCAGCAGACACGGAAUUGGCGCUUACACCAAUGAAAUCUCGGCCGAAACACCGCAGACACAGCCCUCUGCACCACCUCAGGAAGUCACAUGUUCUAGCCCAAGUUCCACCAAUAUUCUGGUAAGUUGGAAACCGCCUCCUGUGGAGCUUCAAAACGGGAUCAUUACCAAAUACACAAUUCAGUACGUCGCUACAGAAGGAGAGGACACAUCCUCACGGCAGAUUUCGGAAAUUUCUCCGGAAAAUUCCCAGUACCUCUUGGAAAACUUGGAAAAAUGGACAGAAUACCGCAUCACAGUGACUGCCCAUACGGAUGUCGGACCUGGGCCUGAAAGCUUGCCACAGCUCAUCCGAACAGAGGAGGAUGUGCCCAGUGGCCCGCCUCGUAAAGUCGAGGUGGAGGCUGUCAACUCCUCAUCUGUUAAAGUGCUGUGGCGAUCGCCGGUGCCUAACAGACAACACGGGCAAAUACGCGGCUACCAGGUGCAUUAUGUCAGGAUGUUUAAUGGGGAACCGAUGGGCCAUCCUGUCAUCAAGGACAUCCUGAUUGAUGAUGCUCAGUGGGAGUAUGAUGAUUCGACUGAAUAUGAAAUGGUCCUGACUGAUUUGCAGGCAGAAACCACAUACUCAGUUACAGUGGCUGCCUACACCACAAAAGGCGACGGAGCUCGCAGUAAACCAAAGCUGGUCACCACCAUGGGUGCAGUCCCAGAGAAACCUCGUCUUAUGGUCAGUCCCACUAACAUGGGCACGGCCUUGCUGCAGUGGCACCCUCCACCGAAUACACACGGCCCACUUCAAGGCUACCGACUCCGCUUCGGACGCAAAGAUGUGGAGCCUCUGACGGUCAUAGAGUUCCCAGAACGUGAGAACCACUAUACUACCAAAGAAAUCCACAAGGGAGCGUCCUAUACUUUCCGUCUCUCAGCACGCAAUAAGGUGGGCUUUGGUGAGGAAACGGUUAAGGAGAUCACUACGGCCGAGGACACACCCUCUGGUUUCCCACAAGGCAUUGUGGCCGAAAGUGCCACCACCACCACCAUUCAGGUCAGCUGGCAGCCCGUAUUGCUAGCAGAGCGUAACGGAGUCAUUAUCAAGUACGCCCUUCAGUACAAAGACAUCAACAGUCCCCGGAGUCCCUCCGAACUCUUCAUCGCUGCCCCAGAGUCCACCGUCAUUCUGGACGGGCUUAAAGCAGACACUACUUACGAUAUCAAAAUGUGUGCCUUCACCAGCAAGGGUCCUGGGCCUUAUAGCCCUAGCAUCCAGUUCAGAACGCAACCAUUGGAUCAAGCAGUGUUUGCAAAAAAUUUUCACGUGAAAGCUGCCAUGAAGACCUCGGUGCUGCUGACGUGGGAGAUACCAGACAACUACAACCCUGCGCAGCCGUUCACAAUCCUGUAUGAUAAUGGCCAAAGCGUAGAGGUGGAUGGGAAACUGACCCAGAAGCUGAUUACCAACUUGCAACCAGAGACGCAGUACUCCUUCCUCCUGACCAACCGAGGAAAUAGCGCCGGUGGUCUACAGCACCGUGUUUCCACCAUGACUGCCCCAGAUAUCCUGCGCACCAAACCCUACUUGAUUGGCAAGACCAACUCCGAUGGCAUGGUCACAGUGCAGCUGCCCUCUGUGCAGACCACAGAGAAAGUCAAGGGAUACUACAUUGUUGUGGUCCCUCUGAAGAAACAGCGGGCAGGGAAGUUCGCCAAACCCUGGGACAGUCCAGAUGAGAUGAACCUGGAGGAGCUUUUGAAAGAGAUAAACCGGACGAGUGGUGGUCUGCGGUUCCGGAGACAGGUCGAGCCUAAGCCAUACAUUGCUGCGUAUUUCAAAGAGUUGCCCACGGAGUUCACUCUGGGAGACACCAAGAUGUACGGAGACUUCGAAAACAAGCAGCUCCUUAAUGGACACGAAUACAUCUUCUUCGUUCUGGCUGUGCUGGAGAUAUCUGAAAACACUAUGUAUGCUACCAGUCCCUACUCUGACCCAGUGGUGUCUGCUGAUAUCGACCCCCAGCCUAUCAUCGAUGAAGAAGAGGGCCUCAUUUGGGUUGUGGGCCCUGUUCUGGCUGUAGUCUUCAUCAUCUGCAUAGUCAUCGCUAUCCUCCUGUACAAGAGCAAACCAGACAGGAAAAGAGCAGAGUCAGAGGCGAGGAAAGGCAGUCUGCCCAACAGCAAAGAGAUGCCUUCCCAUCAUCCCACUGAUCCGGUGGAGCUGCGCAGGCUCAAUUUCCAAACCCCUGGUCCUGGAGCCUCCGGUUACCCCAGUAACCUCCAUCUGUCAAGCAUGGCCAGCCACCCACCCAUCCCAAUCAUGGACCUAGCAGACCAUCUGGAGAGACUGAAAGCAAAUGACAACUUGAAGUUCUCACAGGAAUAUGAGUCUAUUGAUCCAGGCCAGCAGUUUACAUGGGAACACUCAAACCUGGAAGUAAAUAAAGCAAAGAACCGGUAUGCUAACGUCAUCGCCUACGACCAUUCCAGGGUGCUGCUUUCCGGCAUUGAUGGUAUUCCUGGUAGUGACUACAUCAACGCAAACUACAUUGAUGGCUACCGAAAGCAGAAUGCGUACAUAGCCACACAGGGCUCUCUGCCGGAGACGUUUGGGGAUUUCUGGAGGAUGGUGUGGGAGCAGCGCAGCGCUAACAUCGUCAUGAUGACCAAACUGGAGGAGCGCUCCAGGGUGAAGUGUGACCAGUACUGGCCCACCAGAGGAACAGAAACGUACGGACUGAUCCAGGUGACGCUGCUGGACACAGUGGAGCUGGCCACAUACUGCGUCAGGACAUUUGCACUUUAUAAAAACGGCUCCAGUGAGAAGAGAGAAGUGCGGCAGUUCCAGUUCACCGCCUGGCCUGAUCAUGGGGUCCCUGAGCACCCCACCCCAUUUCUGGCCUUUCUACGACGGGUCAAAGCCUGCAAUCCACCAGAUGCUGGACCCAUGGUGGUCCACUGCAGUGCUGGUGUGGGCCGGACUGGCUGUUUCAUCGUGAUUGAUGCCAUGCUGGAGCGGAUCAAGCACGAGAAGACAGUGGAUAUCUACGGCCAUGUGACGCUAAUGCGCGCACAGAGGAAUUACAUGGUCCAGACAGAGGAUCAGUAUGUCUUCAUCCACGACGCUCUGCUGGAGGCGGUCACCUGCGGCAACACGGAGGUCCCUGCCCGCAACCUUUACGCCUAUAUCCAGAAACUCACACAGAUUGAGACAGGAGAGAACGUCACGGGCAUGGAGCUGGAGUUUAAGCGUUUGGCCAAUACAAAAGCCCACACCUCACGCUUCAUUAGUGCCAAUCUGCCCUGCAACAAGUUCAAGAACCGCCUGGUGAACAUCAUGCCGUAUGAAUCCACACGUGUAUGUCUUCAGCCAAUUAGAGGAGUGGAGGGAUCCGACUACAUCAAUGCCAGCUUCAUAGACGGGUACAGACAACAGAAAGCUUACAUUGCAACGCAGGGACCUCUAGCGGAGACCACAGAAGAUUUCUGGAGGAUGCUGUGGGAGCACAACUCCACCAUUGUGGUCAUGCUGACCAAGCUCAGAGAGAUGGGCAGGGAAAAAUGCCACCAGUACUGGCCAGCAGAACGGUCAGCCCGGUACCAGUAUUUUGUAGUGGACCCAAUGGCUGAGUAUAAUAUGCCUCAGUACAUCCUUCGAGAGUUCAAAGUCACGGAUGCCAGGGACGGCCAGUCUCGGACAGUCAGGCAGUUCCAGUUUACGGACUGGCCGGAGCAGGGAGUGCCCAAAUCGGGAGAGGGGUUCAUUGACUUCAUCGGACAGGUGCACAAAACAAAAGAGCAGUUUGGUCAGGACGGGCCCAUCUCGGUACACUGCAGUGCGGGUGUUGGUAGAACUGGCGUGUUUAUCACUCUCAGUAUUGUUCUGGAGAGGAUGCGCUACGAAGGAGUGGUGGACAUCUUCCAGACAGUGAAGAUGCUGAGGACACAGCGGCCGGCCAUGGUCCAGACGGAGGAUCAAUACCAGUUCUGCUACCGAGCAGGCUUGGAGUAUCUUGGGAGUUUUGAUCACUAUGCAACGUAAAGAGUCCUCUUCCCCUCGAGGAAUGUGGAAGGCCCUUGGACAUCCAGAGGUCAUUUCUUCUGAGCCAUAAAAAUUCCUGCUUGUGAAAAGUACUUCUUAAACUCCUAGUCCAAGACUUUGAUUAAUUUGUUGGGUGUGAAAAAAAAAACAAUAAAUAACAAUAUGACACAAAAAAAGAAAAAGAAACGGAAGACAAAAAUUCCAUGUGGACCAAGAAAAAAAAAACAAAACCCAGCCCCACCCCCUCAAAAAUCUGAUCAAUUCAAAGUGGAUGCGUAUAUCCGGACUGUUGGAGCAUCAUGUGGAAUUUACCGUUUCUUCUCUUGCUUUGAGGAUACGUCUCAGAUUCACAAACAUGAAUUAUAAAAGAAAAUUGAAAAAAAAGAUAAAAAAUAACAACAUGUACUGCAUCAAACCAACAGAGACGUUGAGAGAAGCAGAGGAAGGAAGGCCCUCGGCGCGGCCCGGAAAGUGGAUACACGUCGCAAAGAGAGAUUUUUCCGUUCAACAAGGAAACGGAGAGGAGUGAAUUCUAGGGAAAAAAAUAUAAAUAUAUAUAUAAAACAGUCCAUAAGAACAAGAAUGGACAUAUAUAAUAGUAAUAACAAUAAUAAUACCCCUAUCUUGUCACAAUGUUCGUCCUUCGGUUAGGGGUAAUGGGAGGGGGAAUGUACAAAUACGAGACGAAUAUUAAAAAAGUUAUUGAUUUAGUUUUUUAGUACUUUAUUAAUCAACUGAGCUGUAAUUCAUUUUGAACUAUGUGAAUUUAUUUUUCCUUUUUUUAACAAGGUGAUCGCUCAACAACGUUAGUCGACCCCAAGUAUUAACUUCGCUCUUUUUUCCAUUCUUCUCCUUAUUAUUAUUAUUUUAUUUUGUUCUUUUUUUUUUUACUCUGUAGAGCUGUUCUAUCGUGUCUUUAUUUUUUUCUGGCACUUGAUGUGGUCCUGUAUUAACUCUUACCAAAUUUAAACUUUGAUACAGGGUCCUUUUUUGCAUAUAAUUUUUGUCCAUGGUCACAUACGCAACUAUAAACAGUCUAUAUUUCGGGGACUCCGUGGAAUCAAAAGGGGAGGCACAGUAUGAAGUUGCUGCUACAGAAUAUCUUAGUUCUUCCAUGUUACAGUGAUUUUAACAGACGAGCCUCCAAAACCAGAAAGAGAGAGUAAAAACAUACACUAUAAAUAUAUAACACUAUCUGAUAAUGUAUAGAACUAUAUAUAUAUAUAUAAAUGUGGAAAUAUUUAUGAAUGAAUAAAAUUCUGUAAUAAAUGACCAUAUGAGUACAUAUAUAAAUUAUAUCAUCAGAGAGAUGAAAUGAAAUGAUAUAUGAAAGCUUCCACAAUGAGAUUUCUGUACUUUUUUGGAGGGAAAUGAAGAGAUUUUUCACUGGAAUGCACAUCGGUAGGUUGAAAUAAAUCGUACUUCAAUUCAGUGCAUCUUUUCUUGUGCAAUAAAUAGGUGUAUUAUAGCUUCGGGGUUGGGGGGCGGUGGGGGGGAUAUGUGGAAACCUUUGUAAUUCAUGGCAUUGUUGUUCGAUGGCAGAGCGAAGUGUCGCCGGCAGUGUUUAGCUAGCUCUACGUAGAUAGGUCGACGGUUCGUGUAGUGGCGUAGUCAUCUUCUCAUCGUGUAGGGCAAGGUACAAAGACGUCUCGUUCUCAAAAAAAUUAGGCUUUUGAAUCGCUCGAAUCGGCAUAAUAUUCUACAUUUUCAUUUUGCAUUUAGAGUGCCUUAUAUUUAUGCCUGUUCUUUUUUAUAAUAUUCAUUUAACAUGUACUGUUUGAGUAGUCCAAGUAUUUAUCUACGUACCGUUCAUUUUACCGUGCAUUUUAAUUUUACAUUUUUUCAUUAUAUGAAAUUAUAUAUGCAACUGAGUACAAGUCCAUCCAAGUUCCUGUUUAUUUUCGGAGGCCUUACCGUGGCUCAUUGACAAGAGAGAAAAGAGCAAAAAAAAAAAAAAGGAUGAAUUACGCUUACGCUACCGUAGCUAUACUACAUAUUCGAAGUCUGAUAAUGGAACAUUUUAAGUAACAUCAUUUGGCACAAAGCGACACAAACGACAAACAUUUACGAUGAGCUUCAUUACACCUGUCUCGCUAAUACGACCAAACCGUAGAGGUGGAUCCCCCGUCGUCUUUAUUUUUCUUCGUAAGAAUUCGGGACAGUCUCCAGAGAAAGGAGCGCACAGAACGUGGACUGAAAGGGAACUCACCAAGCCUUACGUUUUGCGAACAUUUGAACACAUUCACUAAAAUUCACAACAGUCAAAUUCAUAGCUAAGGCGCCAACUUCUGGGAAACGAAGCAGGUUAGAUUUGUUCAUCUCGACAAUCUGUAUACGUGGUUGCCACUGGCGGACGCUCGUAUUCCGUUACGCGUCGGAAGUUACGACGUGACAUCUGAACCUUUUAUUGUUCGGCUCCUGCUAACAUUUGUUUUUUUCUUUACGUGACAUCGGUGGCUUUGUGGAUGUGCAUUCCAGGUGCUUUCUUUCCCUUUUUCUUAUUUAAAACAGGUUCUUAAUUUUACUGUGCGUUUUUAUUUGCCGUUAUUUUGUCGUUGUUUUUCAUCCUCGUGACAGCAGUCAAGCUAUAAAGUGCUAUUAUUUAGCUUCAUCUAAACAUGUCAGCGCCACCUAGUGUCAUUAUGUAUCUUUAUUCACGAUCUUCAGCAAUGUUUGUGCGUUGUACUGGUCUAUGUCUAUUUUUUUCUUUCUUUCAUUUUUGUUUUCCAUCCUCAACUUUAUUUCAAUAUGCAUGGAAAGCAUUGCAGAUGGCCUAGUAGGAAGAAUUGCACUUUCUAUAUCUUUGUACUAUGCACUGCCCUAUUGAUUCUAUACCCAAUAACGUAUUACUUGAAAGCAUCUGUAAGAAUCUCCUUCAACAUUCACUUUGUUGUGUAUAUAAAUAACACAAACUAGGGGGAUACGGUACCGAAUUCAAAACAAAAAAAAAGACAAAAAAAAGAGUUUGUGGCAAAAAGAGCAUCCUUUCUGGCGCCAUGGAAUCUCCAGCAGGUGACUCAAGAAUUUUUUUCCCCUUUUUCAUCCCCUUCAUCAGUUUUGUGGCGUCGCCAUUCAAGAAUGGAGUGUCAUAAACAGAAAUCAACGUGGUGUUCUCUGCUCUCUCUUUCCCUCUCUGUCUCUCUCUCUCUCUCUCUCUCUCUCUCUCUCUCUAUCUCACAUCUGGAUGCAUAGACUGAAAUUAAUUAAUUCAAUUGUAAAGAGAAAAAAAUGGCUUGUUAAAAAGAAUCAUAAAAAUUACCUCUGAUUAGUUGUAAGCGUAAACUGUUUUACUUUUUUUGUUUUUCUUUCUUUUUUUUCCUUUUUUGUUUUUCCUCUCUGGAUGAAUGGAGUGCUUUUUAUUUUCUUACUUAGGUUACAUUGGUGGCAAAAGACAUCUGUAUGACAAGCAGAUCUUUGCUGACACAAGUUCCAUUUGUUAUAAAUGAAUUCUAUUAAAAAAUGUAAGUGUUAUGAA